UGUAGUUUGUCAGCUGUCAUUAGGCACAGAUGACACACACACACACACACACACACAGAGACACACACACACACUGAGCUGCCUCACGGAGGAAAGAGGGGAAAAUACAGAACGAGGGUGUGUGUGUGUGUGUGUUGUGAAUCCUUGUGUUCACUGUGUGUACACGGAGUAAAAGACCAGUGCGACCGGCAUGGGUCGACUGGCCGGCUCUGGACUUGUUAUGGAUCCAAAGUGGAGGUGCUGAUAUUUGCUGAAGAUGAGUUGCGGUGGGGGGGACACCCCGGAGCCCCCCAGAGGGGGCGAGUCUCUGAAGAGGAAGGACCGUCAGUCAGACGUCCCGGGUCCCAGCCCCAAGAGGAGCACGGAGAGGAGGAACCGGGAGCAGGAGAACAAAUACAUCGAGGAGCUCGCCGAGCUGAUCUUCGCCAACAUCAACGACAUGGACGACCUCAACGUCAAGCCGGACAAGUGCGCCAUCCUCAAGGAGACGGUGAAGCAGAUCCGGCAGAUCAAGGAGCAAGACAAAGCUCCGGUGGCGAACGGCGACGACGAGGUGCAGCAGGCCGACGUCUCCUCCACGGGACAAGGCGCCGUCAUGGAUAAAGACGCCCUCGGGCCCAUGAUGCUGGAGGCCCUGGACGGCUUCUUCUUCGUGGUCAACGUGGACGGCAACAUCGUGUUUGUCUCGGAGAACGUCAGUCAGUACCUGCGCUACCAGCAGGAGGAGCUGAUGAACACCAACGUCUACAGCGUGCUGCACGUCGGGGAUCACGCCGAGUUCAUCAAGAACCUGCUGCCCAAGAGUCUGGUGAACCGUCGGAGCGGCGACUCCUCCGGCAGGAACAGCCACACCUUCAACUGUCGCAUGUUGGUCAACCCCCACGUGGACGGCGAGGCUCGGCCGACCUCCGACCUGCAGCAGGACGCGCCGCAGCAGAAGUACGAGACCAUGCAGUGUUUCGCCGUGUCCGAACCCAAGUCUAUCAAAGAGGAGGGGGAAGAUUUCCAGUCGUGUCUCAUCUGCGUGGCCAGACGAGUCCCCGUCAAAGAGCGGCCCGUGAUGCCCACGUACGAGAGCUUCACCACGCGGCAGGACCUUCAAGGUAAGAUCACAUCGCUGGACACCAGUCUGCUGCGGGCGUCCAUGAAGCCGGGCUGGGAGGACCUGGUGCGACGCUGCAUUCAGAGGUUCCACCUGCAGAACGACGGCGACAUGUCCUUCGCCAAAAAACACCAGCAAGACGUGUUGAGGAACGGCCAGGCGCUCAGCCCCAUGUACAGAUUCUCGCUGGCGGACGGCACCGCGGUCUCGGCCCACACCAAGAGCAAGCUGGUCCGGUCGGCGGCCACCAGCGAGCCGCAGCUCUACAUGUCGCUGCACAUCCUGCAGAGGGAUAACGUUGUCGGCUUGACCGGUCAUGCAUCUGGUGGCCAGGGCACGGUGAAGCCGAUGACCCCGACCGGCGCGAGCGGCCCCUCCCCUUCCCCCGACGCCGGCGUCACCAGCAACAGCCACCACUGCGCGUCGGCCUCCAGCACCCCCGGACGUGGCCUGGGGCCCGCGUCGGGCCGGGCGACCACGCCUCAGGGAAACGGCCACGCGCUCCAGCUGGGCAGCCCUUUGGCCCUGGGAAGCCCCAGCGUCACUGCGGGGGUCCAGGGUGCGAUGCUGUCGCCCCGUCAUCGGCAGAGCCCCGGCAGCAGCUGCAGUAGCCCUCACCUCCCCCAACACCCCCCUGGUUCUUUCUCGCCCGUCGCCGGCCUCCACUCGCCGGCGUCCGUGUGCAGCAGCACCGGAAACGGCCAAGGGUUCAACUCCCUGAGUGCGCUGCAAGCCCUCAGCCAGGGCCACAGGGUUACCCAGGGUCUCGCCGAGGGCCAACAUCCAGAUUCGCCCAACAGAAAGCUGGCUGGCCUUCAGAGCCCUGGUAGUGGCCAACUAGUGAAGAACCAUUCCGGCUUGGAGGCCGACCUAUUUGGAACCUUCGCGGAGCAGCAAGACUUGUUGUUGUCCCAGGACCAGGAAGGUGAGCAGGGGGACGGCAAGGACGGUGAGCCCGACGGCUUCGGCGACGCGUCCAACCGCCUCCUGAACGCCAAAGGGCACACGAAGCUGCUCCAGCUCCUCACCACUAAGUUAGAACCCUCCGACCCCGGCUCGCCGCCGGGUUCCCUCGGGGACGAGCAGAACUGCAAGGACCAGCUGAGCAGGCUCGGGGGCGCCGGCGGCGCCGGGCUCAACAACAACUACUCAACUUCGUUAAAGGAGAAACACAAAAUCCUCCACAGGCUGCUGCAGAACAGCACGUCGCCCGUGGAGCUGGCCAAGCUGACGGCCGAAGCCACCGGGAAAGACGCCGCCGACGCCGAGUCGGCCGCAGGUGACAACACCGCGGGCGCCUUGGGCGAACUCAAACAGGAGCCGGGCAGCCCCAAGAAGAAGGACAACGCGUUGCUACGCUACCUGCUGGACCGGGACGAUAACGGUAUCCUGGAUAAAGCAGCUAAGAUGGAACCCGGCGACGGCCCAAAGCUGAGCAGCGUCAAGAUGGAGAAACAGGAAGUGGGAUGUUUCAACAUGCCGGACCAGACCAGCGAGCUGGAGGACCUUCUGGAGGACCUGCAGAGUGGCGGCCAGCAGCAGCAGCAGUUCGGGGGCCGGCCCCCAGCCAGAGGACCGUCCUCCUCCUCGUCGUCCUCCUCUUCGUCCUCCGUGCCUCCUGGUUCCUCUGUGGACAAACACACCAUCAUCAGCGAUAUCCUGCAGAUGGCCGCCGCCGCCGCCGCCACCGGCAGCAGCAGCCCCCCCAGCCAGCACAGAGCCUUCCCUCCCAUUGGCCCUGCAGGUUUUAGCGGCGCCAGGCCGGGCGAGGCGGGUCGAGGUGCCCCUCAAGUCAGGAGCAUGUCCCUGGACCCCAACACCACCAGGCCUUUCCAUCCUCAACACAGGAGCAACGGCCCCUACUCCUUGAUGCACCAGCAGCAGCAACAACAACAACAACAACAACAACAACAACAACAACAACAACAACAACAACAGCAGCAGCAGCAGCAAGGCAUGAUGGGAAGUCACACAGGCAUGGCCAACCACGCUGCAAUGGCCAACACAGGCAUGCUGACCAACGGGUCAAUGCGCGGCCCCAUGCAGCCGGGCUGGGGCCCCCAGGGGCCGAUGAUGGCUCAGGGGAUGGGACCCGGUCGCAUGGUGCCCGGCAUGAACGCGGGGCUGCCCACAAGGGGCCCGCCGGGACACAGAGCUAUGGUCAACAUGCACAUGGUGGGAAACGAGAUGGAGAUGGCAAACCCCGCCUACCCCCAGCAACAAGCCCCGCCCAAUCAGACUGCACCCUGGCCCGACCGAAUGAUGAUGGAUCACUACGGAAACCACGGCAGGCCGCCGUACGGCGAGGACGGGAUGGGGUGUUGCACCGCCGGUCCCGAGGGCCCGCCAGACGAAGGGGCCCUGCUGAGCCAGCUGUGCUCGGUGCUGAAGGACUACGAGGGUCUAGAGGAGAUCGACAAGAUGCUGGGAAUCCCCACGCUGGCUGGACAGGGUCCUGUGUUGGACCAGGACCCGUACCUCAGCUCCUCCGACCCAGCGGCCAGCAUGAAGCCUCCGCAGUACAGCCAACACUACGGCGGCCAGCCGGGCUACGGCGGCAUCCCUCCCGACGGCGGGUUCCACGGCCACAUGGGGCCGCAUAGGAUGCCGCCCGCCGGUUACCCUCCGAUGAUGAGGAUGCCCGGGGUCGCGGGGCCCCGGCCGGCCGGGAUGAGGCCGGGGGCCCCCGGUCCAGUCGUGCCACCGCAGCCCAACAACCUGAGGCUCCAGCUGCAGCACCGACUCCAGGCGCAGCUGAACCGCCAGCCAAUGGUGAACCAGAUGAGCGGAGUGUCCAACAUGAAUCUACCUCUAAGGUCUAAUGUACCAAACCAGGGAACCCUCAACGCCCAGAUGCUGGCCCAGCGUCAGCGCGAGUACCUCAGCAACCACCUACGCCAACGCCAACAGCAGCACCUGCAGCAGCAGCAGCAGCAGCACCUGCACCACCAGCGUGCCAUGAUGAUGCGGACUCAGGGCCUCAGCAUGCCCAGCGGCGGCGCCGCUCCCACGCCGAUGCCCGUCGGCGGCACCAACCCGCGUCUGCCGCAGGGCAACCCGCAGCAGUUCCCCUACCCGACCUCCAGCUACGGUACCGGCCUGCCCUCUCCUCCUCCUCACCCCGGCUCCUCCAGCCCCUUCUCCUCCCCUCUCUCCCCCAGCCGCCAUCUGACUAGCCAGGGCAUGAUGGGAAAUGUAGGCGGGCAGUACGGCGGCGUAAUGAGCCCGCCGUCGUCACAGCACAGUGCCUUCCAGUUCAGCGGUUCAGGGAUGAGCCAGCAGCAGCAGCAGCAGCACCAGGACCCGGCGUCGGGCUUCCCGUGCGGCGCCGCGACCCCUCAGAGCCCGCUGUUGUCCCCCAGGAUGGGGCAGGGUCAGAGCCCCAUGCUGCUGCAGGGUCAGGGCCAACCGCAACCCCAACCCCAGGGCCCGAACCAGGCCGGCCCCCCGCCCAGCUACCAGCCAAGCGCCGACCUCACCGGAUGGCCCCAGCCCGCCAACAUCUCCACCAGCAACAGUGUGUACCCCCAACAGUCCCAGUCGCAGUACUCCACACAGCCCAACGGAGGAAUGUACAACAGCCACAACAACAACAACAACAACAACAACAACAACAACAUGAACCUGGGAGUCAUGGCCGGCAACGGUGGCAACAUGAGCCACGUGUCGGGACAGAUGAGCUCCAUGAACGCAGAGCAGGUGAGUGACAACAGCCUGAUGUUGGAGCAGCUGGCGGGAAUCGACAUGCUGACACAAGACGACGACGGCAACUCUAACUAUUGCUGACCCCAGCCGUGGCUGACACAGAAAACACUGACACUUGCUUCCGCUCGACGAGCCGAGGACACGUGAAAGGAAACCACGCUGCCCCGUCUCUCACCGCAGCCGACGCAGAGGCGUCAGCCGGAGAGAGAGGACGAGCAACACGUGUGAAAACCCUCUGAACUGAAUCCACUUCAGUGUGGCUCAGUUCACGCUGAGUUCAGGUUUUUACCAAGAAAAACACAACACACAAGUCGGACACGUCGGGAAGCUGCGGUCUGAGCCACCCUGACAGCAAAUACACAGAAAAGAAGACACAAGAGUCACAGAGAGCGAAGUCGUGGGUCACAGCUGAGGCUUCACUCCUCAGUAAUCAAAUAAUAUAUCAAAUUCUGCAUGUGUAAAUUCUCACAUAAAACCUGACUCUCAAUUGGUCAAAUUAAGGCCUAAAGUUGGGCUCACACUCUGCCCCUCCUGUAGAAAGAAGAGGUAACGCCCCCUGAACUGACUCUUUUUCAUUAUUUAAAGGCUUUUAUUAUGAAACUCUUGGAGGAAGUGUCGAGGUUUCCACUUGGAAGCGAACGGUGGCAAAUUAUUCCCCAGUUACACAGUAACUCAUUCCAUCUAAAUUCCCCCUCAAGAAGCUUUCACGUGGUGUUUUUCCUUAAAUUCACCCCGACGUUUCUGUCAUCAUUUCGGAAGUUAUGUGCGUUUGUCGGCCUCGCACCAGUGGUUAGUAACCAUGGCGACGUCUUGGCAGCCUUAACUUUUACUUUGCAAAUUUACAAAAAACUAACCUUUUUCUUAAUCUUUAAUAAUUGCAUCCUUUUUUUUUUUUUACAUUUCUGCCAACUUGAACACUGGAUUUUAUAAAGAGUUGUUAUUCGCAAUUAUUAAAAUUUUUGCUCCUUAAAAAUCUACAAAAAGACAGGAAGCUCCUAAAUAUAAAAAAAAUAUGUUCCUGCACUUUGUGACACCAAAUGUUCAUGAAGCGACUUCAAGAGGAAUCAAAGUGUCCAGGUUCUGAUACACAAACACCCGCACAGAUUUUUGCUGUUAGCGUGUGCUCUGAUCGGAUGAAUGGAUUCCUACAGGUUUCCCGACGCGGUCCUCUCAAGUCUCUGAAGCAGUGAGUUUGUAAUAAAGUGUGUGUGUGUGUGUGUGUGUGUGUGAGUGUGCGUGUGCGUGUGCGUGUGCGUGUGCGUGUGUGUGUGUGUGUGUGUGUGUGCGUGCGUGUGCGUGUGUGUGAGAUAGAGAGAGAGUGUGAGUGUGUGUGAGAGAGAGAAACUGAAAGAUGUCACAGAUCGACACUGGAGAAGCGAAUGUUCGACGAGCAUAAACGAAAACCUCUGGAUUUGAUCUUUUUACGGUUCUAUUUUCGAGCCCGACCGAAAGACGUCUAAUACGAAGGAUGAUGAAGAAAAAUAUUAAUAUUUUACAAGUAUUUAUAGUUUUGAAGAAAAUUUUUAGAGUUUCUUUAUAUGACAUUUAAAAAUAAAAUCAAAGGAUAUCUUUCUUUAAAAAAAAAAAUCUGGUACGUUUUGAUGUCAAUUUUAAAAAUAAUUAAUAUAUUUCAACUGCUGUAGUUACCGGGGAGCUGUAUCCCUAUUUAAUGACUUUUUGAAUGAAGGUAAAUCUGUAUAGAUAGUGUACAUACUUUAGAUUUAUAAAUAAAUAACAUUAUCCCCCAAGUGGUGCAGCAGCAGUUUGGAGUUUGGGUCCAACAAACUUUUUUUGUUUGUUUGUUUUGUUUUUGUUUUUUUGUUGGAGACAAGAAAUAAUUUCAUUUGUGAAUUUAAAGUCAGUGGGCAAAGCUUUAAAAAAAAAACGAGGACAAGAAGGCGCCAUGGUCCACAUGUCCACUGUCCUCCGAGUGUCAGCUAGCAUAACUAGCUAACGCUUGAAGACUCCUGGCAAAGGAGCAGAGUGUUUCAUAACAUUUCUUUUUUUCUAACCUUUAGCGUUUCCUUUGCAUUUACUUUGGUUUUUACAAAAAAACCCUGAAAAAACAAGAUGGUGGCGAUGGUUAACGCUGCUAAACGUUAGCAUGCUAACACCCUAAACCAAGAUGGUGACCAUGGUAAACUCUGCUAAACAUUAGCAUGCUAACACAAUCCAAACCAAGAUGGUGGCCAUGGUAAACUCUGCCAAACGUUAGCAUGCUAACACCCUAAACCAAGAUGGUGGCCAUGGUAAAUGCUGCUUAACAUUAGCGUGCUCACACAAUCUAAACCAAGAUGGUGGCCAUGGUAAACGCGGCUAAACAUUAGCAUGCUAACAGAAUCUAAACCAUGAUGGUGGCCAUGGUAAAUGCUGCUAAACAUUAGCAUGUUAAUAAUCGAGAGCAUUGAGCCUGUGUUGGCUCCGCCCCACUGAGAUUUGACCUCUGAGAUUAUUUCUGUCUCCGAAGCAGCUUUGCCUCGACACGACGUGUGUUUAACUAAUAAAACUCUGCACAAAUGAGAUUCAUGUUCCAAAUCCGCCUUCGUGCUUGUGAUGUACAGUACUGGCCUGCAGGAGUCACUCUUUCGCAUUGAAGGAAAAAAAGUUGCGUAACGCGAAUGUCAGUCCGUGGAGCUCAGUCCUCCACCAAGGCCCAACAGUCUCCCUAUGAAACCACGUACAUUUGAAGGAGACAUAUUCUGCUCAUAUUCAGGUUUAUAGAUUUUAUUUUGGAAAUAUUACUUAAAAAGGUUCACAUGCUCUAAUGUUCAGUAAAAACACAUCAGUUUGCUGCAGCUCCUCUUUCACUGCCUCUGUCUCUUUAAGGCCCCUCCCCCUCCCGAUGAAUCCCAGCUUGUUCGGAUUGGCCAGCUGGCUCCUCCCCUCUGUUGUGAUUGGUCAACCGCUUCCAUCGCUAGCAGGAAGUUCUCCCGCUCUCACUUUACCCGGCUUUUUUGGGGGGGCGUGUCAGACUAGCCGCUAGGCGCGACUUGUCUACACGCUCGUAACAUGGUGAUGUCGACGUUUUACGGAAGUAUCAGCCGGACUACUGACGAGGAGACUCGGGAGGAGAGUUUUCAGAUCUCCCCUUUAACUUUUACAUACACAAAAAUCGUACAACACACAAAAAGUGAAAAACAGGAAUAUGUCUCCUUUAAAUCCGCUAGGUCCAAAUAUUUAUUUGGCUCCGCCCCUUACAUUGCAAACACACUAUGCUGGAUAGUUUGACAAUUCCUCCGUGUGUUCAUCAGCUUGUAAAACUGACUGUGACUACGAGCGACUUUCACUUCUGGGUCCGGACGCCUGUUCACGGCGAGGACGCGGGACGACUUUCUGGAAUGUGACAAAAACACACGCUGCAAAAUGAAACACUGAAAAUAUCUUUUUUUGUAAAGUUCAUUUUUCCCUCUUAUGUCCUUUUCAUCUGCCGCAUAUUGUGAAAGAUUUUCUUUACGAGAAAUCCUGAAGCCAUGGAAACGCUCUGAAUGUGAAACUGUCUCAAUCGAGAGAAGCGGACGCAAAAAAACGCUCACGUCCACUAGCGACACUCUGAAUUAUUUUUUAAACUGAUACAGUAUUUUAUGUGUAUGAUUGAAGAUUCUUUUUUUUUCUCGACUCAGAUGGAUAUUUUAUCAAUUGCAAAAAUACUGUAAUUCACAUUGUGUACCUCGAGGUGCUAACGACGUAGUACAAUGCCUUAGAUCUGCGGUCGGCUGGUGUGUAACUGUACAUGACGUGUUUUCCCCACUUCAUACUGUAGUUGUAGUAAUUAAGACGACCAGGAGAUUUAUAUUCUUUCCCCAGCAAAUGACACAACCUGCGUUAACUUGUCUGAUCUAAAUUACAACAAUAAUUUGUGAGCAUUUCGUAACAAAGUACUACUGGAAAAAUGAAGCACCCAUGUAUUACAUGAAACUCUUAUUAAAUCCCAUAUUGGACAAUUUCAGAAAACAUAAAAUCCACUAGGGAUUAGACAAAAGUUUAAAUAAAAUAAAUGUGAAACGUUACAGCCGAGGAAGUAUUUUUGACUCGUUGAAAUGAUCUAAAUUUAGUCUAAAACUUCAGCAGAACUCGACAGUUUGUCGUAAUACACAUUUAGGUCAUGAAGUUUCGAUGCUCAAAAACAAAAAUGUGACUUAACACGCAUUAAAAAAAAUUAUGUGAAAUCAAACAUGAACAGUUGUUAUUUCCUCCCUUCGCUGUGUAACUGUGUCCAAAAUAUUUUUUUUAAAUCUUACACAUAGUGGCUUUAAUUUAUUUUACACUAGCUGUAACUUGAAAACAGUAAAAAGGCUAUUUUUUUUAAAAUUUCUUUUGUGCUAUAAGGUUUUUAGAGAACAGACUUCUUACAGAAUCUUUCCCGAUGAUGUCUGAGUGAACCAGGAUAUAGAAGCGUCUCACUGUACAAUGAUAUUUCAGAGGUCACAGGUCAAAGGUCCAGUACAGUACAUACAGGUUUAUUUAGAGUGUUUUAUUAUGCAAAAGUCCAGACGUUCACACCACUUGAUGCAAAGAUGUCUACGCUGAUGUUGCUUCUUUUCUUUUUUUUUGCCAAUGCUACUCAUUAAUUUAUGAUUCAUGUCACUGUAAAUAAAUUAUUUUUAUUGAG